GAGGAACUCGUUGUCUCUCUCGUUCUCUCUCUGUACUUCUCAGAACUCAGAGGCCUCAGAGCAAUCAAAUCAAACCCUAAAUCGAAAACGAACAGGAAGAAUACGAGGACUGAGCUACGAUCAUGGCCUUCUCUUCCCGCCUCUUAUCCAAAUCCAGACAGCUGUGUGGCAAUGGAGUCAUUCUUCAACAGGAUCGCGUUAUUCCGGUCCGUUACUUCGCCAAGGAAGCAAGUCGCCCCGUGCUAAAGGGUGAUGAGAUGCUGAAGAACAUCUUCUUGGAUGUUAAAAAGAAAUUUGAGACAGCUCUUGGUAUACUUCGCAAAGAGAAGAUCACCAUUGACCCAGAGGAUCCAGCUGCUGUUUCUCAGUAUGCCAAGGUCAUGAAAACCAUAAGAGAGAAGGCUGAUUUGUUCUCAGAAUCCCAGCGCAUCAAACACACCAUCCAAACCCGAACACAAGAUAUCCCAGAUGCUAGAACAUAUCUGUUGACAUUGAAAGAAAUUAGGAUCAAGAGAGGUCUCACUGACGAACUUGGUGCAGAGGCUAUGAUGAUGGAUGCAUUGGAGAAAGUUGAAAAGGAGCUGAAGAAACCACUUUUGAGGAGUGAUAAAAAGGGGAUGGCUGUUCUCAUGGCAGAAUUUGAGAAAAUAAACCAGAAGCUUGGAAUUCGUAAGGAGGACCUACCAAAGUAUGAAGAACAGCUAGAACUCAAGAAAGCCAAAGCACAGCUGGAGGAACUUAAGAAGGAUGCUCUUGAGGCAAUGGAAACUCAGAAGAAACGGGAGGAAUUUAAGGAUGAGGCAAUGGUUGAUGUGAAGUCGUUAGACAUCCGAAACUUCAUCUAAGGAUCUGGGAUUGCAUUGAGAGUGGCUUCUUUUGAGAUGAACCAAAUAUUUUGGUAGAAUCUGGAAACUGAUGACUUAGUUGGGGGUAAUUGGGGGAAUAAUCCUCCUGUUUUAAUAAGGCUCCGAUUGGUUUCGACUUUGGAGUGCAAUUAUUCCCAAAUCCAUGAGGUUUAUGCGCGCUUUUGUAAUUUUUCAGAUUUAUCAGAGUAUAAUACUUGCUUUGCCAGGUCCAGGUGAGAACUGGGAAGCUGUUAUCACUAUGACCAAUUUAUAAUUAUAUUUUGGAAUUUUUGUUC